AUGCACAUCGCCUUCUUCCUCUUACUUUGUUUUUCUCUUCUUUUCCCCGUUUUUAUGUACACCUACUUGUCUGAAUCUCUAGCCUCCUCCGAAAAGUCCGCAACUUGCCCAAAACACCGCCACGCGAAGUUGCGGACUUUAGGGGGAAGGGAGCAGGAGAAAGAGGAAGAGCAAAUGGGCCGAUGGACCAGCACUCGAAAGUACUCCAUCGUCGUCGUCGUCUCGUUCAUCGUUCACAAAUGGGGACUGGAAACUCGAGAUUUCAUACUUCGAGAGGUUUUCGAACUCUUGGAUCCUCUGCUCUCACUGAUAAACAUCAAAACGAAUCAGUCGGAAUCGGAGAUUCUAACGAUGCAACUCGUGGAUGACGUCAUCAAGCUCUCAAUGAUCGAAACCAUCGAUGGACAUCGUUCGAUGAAUGAAAAAACAGAGGAGAAUGUUCGCAAAUUGGUGAAAUUCGCGAUUCGCGAAUCGCUGAGAACCAUGCAUCGUGGCUAUUCGAUGAGUCCGAAUUUUCAAAUUUCCGACGAAAUUUGUAGAUUUUUGGCCAGAUGGUUUUUGGCUGAAAGACGCGUGGAUACGGUAGAAAUGGAUUUGGAUGAGUCGUCGAUUGAUUUGAAAUCGGAUGGAAGGAAAUUUGAGAAUCAUUAUUUAUCGUUGGAAGGUUUGUCUGUUUGCCCGGAUAUUCCUCAAAAACCCCUUAACUUUCCAGGCCUAAUCCAUCUGUCCUUCGGCUCGAAGUGCGUCAACAAACAUGCCGCAUGGAAUGGAGCGAUGCAAAUUCUGAAUAAAAUUCUAAAAUCUGGUCGUCUGAAUUCCCAAAUCGUCGAAUCUAUCGUUUCGAUUCUAUGGGAAAAACGGAAAUCCUACACGUCAGAAUACUUGCGAACCGCGUUUUGUGCACUAUUGGCUACAGUAAUCCCACAGGAUGUUAGAUUUUUCGACCCCAAAAUUUAUGUUUUUAGCCAAUCCCCGCCAUUUCCAUCCCACGAAACUCCGAUUUUCAGAUUCGGCCACCUCCGAAUGCCAUCGAUCGACUCCAUCCUCAAGUACACUCUAUCUCUAAUGCCCAACGUCACAUCACUCCCAAAUGCGGCGAUUUUGACUGAGAAUAUUCUGAAAUUCCGUUCGAAACAAGUCUCAAAAGAGACGAUUCGUCUGAUUUGGGAUACUGUAUCCAGGACGAGUCCCGCGUGUUUCGAGGUCUUAAGACUGCUCUCGGCAUUGGUUUCGUUUACGGAAUUCGAGGAAAAUUCUAGAUUUGCAAACGACGAAAAUGUGGGAAAAUGGAGUCUCCGAAAAGACGUCAUCGAGUGGUUGCUCAUCGAUCCGAGUGCUCACAGUCACCAGUUGAUUCACGAGCUGUGUCAUUAUCAUCCAUCGUUUUGUUAUGAAACGGACGAACCGAACACAGAUGACCAGCUUCUCCGAAACCUCAAAACGUGUCAUCUCCUCCAUUUCUCAUCAUCUACAGUACCUCACAAAGCUACAGUAACCCAAAUGCGACCAACCGAUGCGAAAAUCGACGAAAUUGUGAAUUAUGUGGACUGUAAACUGAAAUCAAUGCUUUCCACCGAGCUAACACUACCGGUUUUUGUGUUGAGCUACGAGUUUUCGCUGAAAUUUCCAGAAGUUUCGUUUGAUUUCGAUCUAAUCUACAAACGUCUACCUCAUCUCCUUCAGGAAUUGGAACCCACCGAAUUCCUCCAAUCGAUUCAAAAUUUCAGCGAAUGGCCUGAAUUUUUGGAAUUCCCGCCGAAAUUUGUCGCCGACUUCGAUUGUCUAAUGGCCUAUUUCUUGAAAAACGUCGAAAAUCAGCUAAUCGAUAUGACGAAAAAAUGGGAAACGAAUCCUGGGAAAAUUGUGGAAACCCUAGCGGAUUACUGUCGAAAAUGGCCGAAAAUGAGAGGGGAAAUGUGCAAAUCGAUGCAAUUCAAUCGAUUUGUGAACAAUUGGAUAUUGGAAACUGAAGGGGAUCCGUAUGAGAUGAGCAAUCGAUUUGAGAAAUAUUCAUUUUUGUUAUCAUAUCGACAUUUGCUGAAAACGAGAGACACUAUUUUGUGCGUCUUUGAGGAAGGGGGGGGGGGAUCCCGUGCCAACCACCUGCUCGUUGCUCAAUCCGUCACUCCUCAAGACCUCUACAUCUUCAAUAAGCUCAUUUGCUCAUCAUUCCUUCGGAAUCUCGUUCCACCCCGUCGUGUGAUUGGUCCCUCAUUCGAUGGACCCACAGUUGCACUGUACCCCAAAAACCUUGAAUUCGAUCAGCGAUCUGUGAAAAUCUAUCUGAAACGACUGAAAAAAUCGCCGUUCCUGGCUCAGAACAUUGUCAGAAUGAUUCUAGAAAAUCGCAACGAUGACACGUGGCAUUUACAUGCUACAGUACUGAAAAUUGUGAUGGAGGAUGAGCAAUUGCUUACGGUCUGCAUUGCCACAAUUCCCAACAUGAUACGGUACCUGAAAAUGUACCAAAUCCAUUUCCCCCCAAAAUCACUUUCUGUCCGAUUUUUAAUCAUCGACAAGUCUUCCAUCACCUCCUGUCAAAAAUAUUUGCGAAAACCCAAAGAAAACGGACACCUAAUCAGCCCAAUUAACCUAAUUACCCUGUUCGGUUGCGAGAAAUCCACGUGGAAACGGAUGAUUCUCCAGUUUUGGUGUCAAUUCGAACGAGAACCAGCACUGGUGGCAGAGAGGUUUUAUGAAUUUGCCUCCGAAUCUGUGGACCUUGGCCUUCAAACUCGUGUUGUCUGUAUUUUAAGGGCGUUGACAAGCAGUGAGUACUGUAGAAAUGUUCUACAAGAUGAGCAAUUGAAAAUGGCAUUCGAUUUGACGUAUCGAGCGAUUUGGAUGGUUUUGGUGAAGGAUCAGUGCAGCCCGGAAAUUCUGGAAUUGUGUGACGAUUCGAAACUUCGAAACGAUCUCCUUGGCUAUCGUAUCCCGCAAAUCCCGCCAGGACACAUCGACGACUUUCGUUUAUACGAAAUGCGCGUCGCGUUUUCGGUGGAGAACUUUUUGAAAUUCGGAAUCGAGUCUGGAGAAGAUACGGUGGAUUUCAUGGAUUUCGGGCUGGCCGAAUUUUAUAAGCAGUUAAAUGAGAAUUUGACAGAGGAAGCGAUUCGAGGGAAUGAGAAGAGAAGAUUACUGUACCCUCUUUUCUUUCGAAAAAUCUGCGUUCUGGGGGUUCAACGGAUGAUUGGCGGCUCAACGGCGGAUGAGUUUCAGGAAGCUUCAAAAAAAGAAUACGGAAGAUUACUGUACUUUUUUCUUAUCUCUAAAAAAUGUGUAUUUUCCAGUAUUUUCAGAUUUUUGGAAUUUUCAAAAAAGGUACAGAGGUACAGUAACCUUACAGUAACCUAUCAGAACCUACAGUAA